ACAAUAUUUUGGAAGAUAUAUUACUGAGGAAGGUGGUACUGGUACGAUUCUUCUUCUAUUUCCUUUGUGAAUGCAGAGUUUCAGCUCAGAGGCUCUGUAUUCAUUUCAACAGCAAAUGGGUUUUAUUCAUAGGCACCACCUCCUCCUCAUUCUCCUCAUUUUUCAUGCCAUUCUAUUGCUCUCUUGUCAGGUCCAAUCUGCAGAUGAGAAGGCAAAUCUACUUCAGGGCCUAAAUAGCUAUCGAUCAUUGGUGAACCUGACUUCCCUUGCUGAGAACAGUAAUGCAGACUGCUUUGCCGAUGAACUAGCAACCCAGUUCAAGAAUCAACCAUGUUCGAACACUACUGGAGCAGAUACUGUUCCAGGCACCGAACCUCAGUUUUCCAACUAUCCUGACCUACUCGCCAAAUGCCAUCUAAACAUCACUGACACUAGAGAUGGCGUUGUUAUGCCUGUCUGUGUUCCUAACUUAGUCCCAGCUCUUGUGCUCACAAACUAUACGGAGUCUCAGUACACGCAGUAUCUGAAUGACAGCACUUACACCGGAGCUGGUAUUGGUUUUGAAGGUGACUGGAUAGUGGUUGUUUUAAGCACACACACCACUGGAGGAAGCUUCACAACCGACAAUUCUGCAAAUUCAGCUACUCCUGUUGGUUUGACUAAAAACUUUAUACCUUUGUUGUUGGGGUUCUUUCUUCAGUUUCUUGCCUUGCUGAGCUGA